UCCACUUCCUUUUGUCUGGUCCGUUUCGGUGUCGGCGCUGCCGCUGCUGCGGUUGCCGCCUUGGGUCCGGGGCGGACAGACUUUCCGCGGCGCGGAGCUGCAGCGGGCGCAGAUGAAAAGAAGUCAAGAAGUGAUAACUAAAAACCAUAAUCAAGAAGAAAUAAAUAUUCUUCGUUGUUGGAAAUGUAGAAAAUGCAUAGCAACUUCUGGUUGUUUCAUGAAGCAUCUUGAGAAUCAAGUGAAUAAGGAUAGAUGUGAUUCAGAUGAUGAUCAGAAUAUUUGUCAUGUGUGGCACAUGAAUAUAGAAGCCCUUCCAGAAUGGAUAAACUGCCUAAUACAAAAAGCCCAGUGGACAGUUGGAAAACUGAAUUGCCCUUUUUGUGGGGCCCGUUUAGGAGGCUUUAAUUUUGUCAGCACUCCAAAAUGUUCCUGUGGCCAGCUUACAGCUGUGCAUCUCUCCAAGAGCCGGACUGAUUAUCAGCCAGCACAGGCAGGCCGACUAAUGAGACCAUCGCUGAAAUACUUGUCGCAUCCUAGAGUUCGGUCAGGUUGUGACACAGAAACUCUGCUGACAGGUGGCGCCUCCAAAAACAGAAGUCAAGGGCUUUUAAACAUGGCUCAAAAUAAUAAUGGCCCUGGAAGAUUAACAGAAGCACUCUGCCUGGAGGUACGGUCUACAUAUUUCGAGAUGAAGAACGAAAAACUGCUCUUCAAAGCAUCUGAUCCGAAAUACCAGCUUUUUGUUCCCCAGCUUGUGACUGGCAGAUGCACCACAAGAGCUUUUCAUAGAAAAUCCCAUAGUUUGGAUCUGAACAUCAGUGAGAAACUGACUUUAUUACCCACUUUAUAUGAAAUCCAUAGUAAGACUACUGCCUAUCCCAGGCUAAAUGAAAUACAGCCUGUUGACCUUUCGGACUCGCCUUUAGAGUCUAUUAAAAAUAGCUGUUCCUUUCAGAUUUCAUCAAAUUUUGAUCCUAAUAUGCUGCUGCAAAGAUUUUCAGUGGCUCCCCGGGAGACCCAGACACAAAGAGGAGGAGAAUUUCAGUGUGGCCUAGAAGCUUCUGCAGUGUGCUCUGACCACGCUAGUGCUAACAACCUGGCUUUCCUGAUGGACCUGCCCUCAGCUGGCAGGAGCAGGCUGGAGGCCUCGGACCAGGAAGAGCACCUUUCCCCGCUGGACUUCCUGCGCUCAGGCAGCUUCUCCCUGGGUGCCAUUAAUCAGAGGCUCAGUAAGAGAGAAAGGAGCAAGUUGAAGAAUCUGAGAAGGAAACAACGAAGGCAUGAAAGAUGGCUGCAGAAGCAGGGUAAAUACUCAGGAGUGGGAUUGCUGGAUCAUAUGACUUUGAAUAAUGAGAUGAGUACAGAUGAUGACAAUGAAUAUGCAGAAGAAAAGGAAAGCUACAUCUGUGCAGUGUGUCUGGAUGUUUAUUUCAACCCAUACAUGUGUUACCCUUGCCACCACAUAUUCUGUGAGCCCUGCCUACGGACUCUUGCCAAAGACAAUCCUGCAAGCACACCCUGCCCACUGUGUCGGACAGUUAUUUCCAGAGUCUUCUUUCAGACAGAACUGAACAAUGCCACAAAAACAUUCUUCACUAAAGAAUAUUUGAAAAUAAAACAAAGCUUUCAGAAAUCCAGCUCGGCAAAAUGGCCCCUACCGAGCUGCAGAAAAGCAUUCCAUCUUUUUGGAGGUUUCCACAGACGUGCGACUCCAGUUACGCGAAGGCAGUUCCCACACGGAGCACACAGGAUGGACUACCUGCACUUUGAGGACGACAGCCGCGGCUGGUGGUUUGACAUGGACAUGGUGAUCAUCUAUAUUUAUUCAGUGAACUGGGUCAUUGGAUUCAUUGUUUUCUGCUUUCUUUGCUAUUUUUUCUUUCCGUUUUAGGGAUUUUCAUAUCUUACUAUCUUAACACAGCUGAACAAUCACGAAUUAUGUAAAUAGAUAACAAUUACGUAAACAUUUUUUAAAUGUGCUUUGAAAUAUUUAUAAUGUUGCAUUAUAUAAAAUGUGGGUGUUUAUAGAUAAAGUCUGAGAAUAGGUAACAAUGUUUUUCAUGUCAAGAAACUGUUCAAGAGCUGAUCUAUCUCGCUCUUAGCAACAAUACACUAUUAAUUUCAUAAUUCUUUUUGAUUUAGGAUUUAUGAGCUCUAAUUUUAUUAUCUUUAUUGUAAAGAUUAAGGUUUUCCCUCCACUUAAAAAUAAUAAAAAUAAAAAAUGAAAUUAUUAUCUGGGUAGAUAUCAGAAAAAAAUAUUUAGUCAGUCGCCACUUACUCUCAGACAAAUUAUACACAUUAAAGGUAAACCAUAUUCUCGAAUUCAUCUAGCAGGUGUAUUCAGUUUUGAUUCCAAUCAUCCCUGCUUUUUGUCUCUUUCUGUUCCCAACAAAGCUGACUGUCCUUUUCUUACAGACAUAGUAAUAGCUUUCGUGAAACAUUUUUAAUUAUUGUAAGAACAGAAUAAUAAAUAUUAAGAAAAACUGAGACUAACCUCCAUCAAUAGACACUUAGAGAAAUAUAUUAACACUUUUAGAAUUGCAGGGUUACUCACCUGAAGAAAUAAAAAACUUGCUGAUUUUCAGUAGUCUAAAACAGCAGUGCAUGUCCAAAAUGUAAUGAAUUUAGUGUUCAUUUAACUAGAAGGUUGUCAAAUAUAUUGUAAAUGUGCAAUAAAGAGUGGCUUUUAAAUUUU